UUAAUUUUGGGUCUUGUAUACAGGGAAGAAUGUCCAAGAUUUGUCAGGUUUUAGACACUGGAUUCUACGCUGACUCUGUGGAAUGGUGUCCAUGUGACGGUAAUCAUGACAUCCUGCUCUGUGGAACCUAUCAGCUGGACGAGAGUCAAGAAAUGAAACAAAGCAAUUCUGAUGAAGCAAAGAAAAUGAACAAUCAAACUAGACAUGGAAAUGUGCAGGUCUACAAACUAAACACAACUGAUGAAUCCAAUUCAUUAACAAAGACUUCUGCUAUUGAAAUGCCAGGUGUUCUUGACAUUAAAUGGAGCCCAGAUCUGGAUGGAGAAAACCCUGUCUUUGGAUUGGUCAAUUCUGUUGGUACAGCUGAACUGUAUGUGAUGAACCACAGAGAUGAAAUGGGUGGUGGAUCCACAGCUACUGAGAUAACAAAGCUUGCAGGGGUGACCCUCGGAGAAAAUGUAUUGGGUUUGUCCCUAGACUGGGCAAACAGAAUUACUAAGAGUGACCCUCCACAACUGACUACCUCCUCAUCAGAUGGUCAUAUUCAUGUUCACCAGCUGAUUUCAGGGGACCUCACUCUUCUUUCCUCAUGGAAAGCCCAUGACUAUGAAGCUUGGAUUACAGCCUUUAAUUACUGGGACACCAAUGUUUUAUUUUCAGGGGGAGAUGAUUGCCGACUGAAAGGCUGGGAUCUGAGACAGAAAUCUACCACACCCAUCUUCUCCAGUAAAAGACAUGAGAUGGGUGUGUGCAGUAUUCAGUCUAAUCCAGUCAGAGAUCAUCUUCUCUGCACAGGCAGCUAUGAUGAACACCUCUUAGUGUGGGAUAACAGGCAGAUGAAGCAGCCCCUGGGUGACACCCAGUUAGGAGGGGGGAUAUGGAGGGUGAAGUGGCACCCAGAGCAUGGUCACUUGAUCCUCACAGCCACUAUGUAUAAUGGCUAUCAUAUAGUGGAUGCUCAUUGUGUAUCAGAUGGGAAAAUGUCUGUGUUACAUCGCUAUGAGAAAGAUGUCUCUCUCGGAUACGGUGCAGACUGGUGUCAUAUUGUCUCACUCAAAAAUCUUAUAGCAACUUGUUCAUUUUAUAACCAUUCUCUUCAGUUAUGGCAGUUUGAAGUGCAAAACCAAGAUGUUGGAUAAAAAAUUAUUAAAAUAAAUAAUU